AUGGCAUUCAUGUCUCAGCUCAUCCCCUCGGCCGCCGUCCUGCUCGCCGUACUCGCCGCAACCUCGGCCACCAUCGGGACUCAGUGCGUUCCAGGGUCGGACAUUCCAUACAACCCGCUACAAGCCUGCCGCAACCUUUUGUCCAUUAAAAUAUGCAGCGUAAGCCCCGUGUACGUCUCCGCCGGGAUGUUGAAGAGGCGGUGUUGCGACCAGUUGUCGCGCGUCCCAGCAUACUGCCGGUGCGAGGCGCUGCGCAUCCUCGUGGAUGGGGUAGAAACUCCGGAGGGUGCGUUCGAGGGCGGCCUACUCCAGGAGAUACCCCGGUUGCCCAAGGUUUACGAGGAAGUACACCAUGGACCUCGUCGGCCCGGACGAGUGCAACUUAGAGACCAUCCAUGGCGACGGCAGCCCGCACUGCCCCACUCCGAUCACCGGUGGAGUGGUGGUGUAACUUUAAAAAUAGCUCGAUCGUGA